UGACGUGAAUAAGUUAGGUUAAGUUUAUGUUUUUGUUUUGUAGUUUUUUGAAUUUUAUUUAGCAUUCGAAUUGAUUUAUCUUCUAUUAAUUUAAAGUUAAUAGAGUAAAAUGUUGUAUAAUGAUUGAAAAAAGGUUGUUGUAAGGAAAUCAAUGUGAUUAUUGGGAAUGCGUUUGUGUGGGCUAGCAACCCACGGAUGUGUUUUGCAUCAUUUUUAUUCUAGUCAAAUAUGUCCAAAGAUAUAAUAUAAGUACUAAUCAGCAAAUAGUUUAUUCAGCUUGAAAAAUAUAUAUUAUAAGAAGUCAUUUAGAAAUGAAUUUAAUAAUGAUGCAUUACCUUGUGUUCAUGUCUGUGAUUUGUUUUACUGUAGCUCUAGAAUCUCCAAAUAUUACCAUUAUUAUACUUAGCCAAAACUCUCAAUUUAAUGUUAAUUAUGCACUAACACUUAAGGAAGCCAUUCAGUUAGAAAGUAGUGUUUUAUCUGUGAAAGAACCUAAGGUAUAUUUUACUACCAAAGAAUUUAACAUUUCUGGAGAUUGGACAUUUUUCCCUUUAAUUUCACCAAUAGUAAAUAUUGCAGAAUCCUGUGAAUGGGUUGUAUUUGUAGAGGAUCGCUGUACUGUUUCUUUAAAAUUACUUAUUAAUACUCUGCAGAACUAUGAUGCUCAAAAGGAGAUUUGGAUUGGCAAUGCACUUCAUGAUACUGAGGCAUCAAUUAUACACCAUUUUGGGUUUUAUAAAAAUCCAGAAUUUUUUAAAUAUCCUAAUAUAGGAUCAGGCAUUGUUUUCAGUAUGCCGUUAUUGAAAAGAUUAGAAAGUCAAUUGGAAAAUGCGAAAUACAAAAUGCCUGAUUUUCAUAUAGAUUCUGCAUAUGAACUGGCUUUGUUUGUUUAUAAUGAUGGCAAGGGUCCCAUGAUUGUUAAUGAUAAUGCAUUUUGUAGUAAGGAAGGCCCUAACUGUGCCACAUAUCCGAGAGCAAUACCUAACUGUGGUAAAACUCAUGUUUCUUCAAUAUUCUUUGCAGUAAAGACUUGUCAGAAAUUUCAUGUAGAUCGAAUUAAAGCUGUGAAAAAGACUUGGGGUCAGUUUGCUUCAAAAAUUAUGUAUUUCAGUGAUGUUGAAGAUGCAUCAGUGCCAACUGUUUCAUUGGGUGUAAAAAAUACGGAUCAUGGGCAUUGUGAAAAAACCAUGUCAAUAUUAAAAUUUGUGGAGGAUAUGUUGCAAGAAUCUCAAUUCACAUGGUUAGUUUUAGUAGAUGAUGACACUGUUUUAAGUGUUUCUCGAAUAGCUAGUCUUACAAGAUGUUACGACACUACAGAGCCUAUUAUGCUAGGUGAGCGUUAUCGCUUUGGGGGCCCAGGAUCAGAAGGUUUUGAUUACGCGACAGGGGGUGCGGGUAUUCUGAUAAAUCAGGCCGCCCUCCAACUGUUAGCUGAUUCUUGUAAAUGUUCCAGACCCGAUUCACCAGAUGAUAUGAUUUUAGGAGCAUGCGCCGAGAAAUUGGGUAUAACUAUUAUUCAUAUUCCUCAAAUGCAUCAGGCAAGGCCUCCUGAUUAUGCAGAAGGGCGAUUGGCAACCAUGGACGCAAUUACAUUCCACAAACAUUGGAUGAUUGAUCCUGUUCAAGUUUACCGUGAGUGGUUUGAAGCCGAUGACAAGAAAUUAGUGGAAGAGGUGUUAGCAAAAGUUGAAUUGUAAAAUGACUGAAAUAUACUUUAAACCAACU